UCCCAUUUGUCCUAUACCAAACCCUCUCUUCUUCUUGUUUAUUUCUCUCCUCUCCACAUCAUUCACGCCCGAAAAUUUUCAAAUCUAUUGUUUCUCUUUAGCCACCACAAGCACCACCGCUUCUCCUCCUUGCUCAGCUCAUCCACCCCUCCUUCCUUCCCCUCCCCUCUCAAUCAACCGCAAUGGGCAAGGGUGGAUCUCUCAGCGAUAGUGUUUUGAAGAAGAUCCUUCUCUCAUACACAUAUGUGGCCAUCUGGAUCUUCCUCUCCUUCACUGUCAUUGUUUACAACAAGUACAUCCUUGACAAGAAGAUGUAUAAUUGGCCUUUUCCCAUCUCUCUUACCAUGAUCCAUAUGUCCUUCUGUGCUACUCUCGCUUUCCUUCUUAUCAAAGUCUUCAAAUUUGUCGAACCCGUUACCAUGUCUCGGGAUCUUUACUUCUCUUCCGUCGUUCCCAUCGGCGCUCUCUAUUCUCUCAGCCUCUGGCUUUCCAAUUCUGCCUACAUCUAUUUGUCGGUGUCCUUUAUUCAGAUGCUCAAGGCGUUGAUGCCAGUCGCUGUUUAUUCGAUCGGGGUUAUGUUUAAAAGAGAGAGCUUCAAAACUGAUACCAUGGUCAACAUGUUGUCGAUCUCGCUCGGUGUGGGUAUUGCAGCUUAUGGGGAAGCCAGAUUUGAUACCUGGGGUGUAAUUCUCCAAUUGGGUGCUGUUGCAUUCGAGGCAACUAGACUGGUAUUGAUUCAAAUCUUGCUUAACUCUAGAGGGAUCACGCUUAAUCCUAUUACUUCCCUUUAUUAUGUUGCUCCUUGCUGUUUGGUUUUCUUGUUUGUGCCUUGGAUUUUCGUCGAAUACCCAGUUUUGAAGGAGACUUCGAGUUUUCAUUUUGAUUUUGCCAUUUUCGGCACCAAUUCUCUCUGUGCUUUUGCCUUGAAUCUUGCCGUGUUUUUGCUUGUGGGAAAGACUUCAGCUUUGACGAUGAAUGUGGCUGGUGUGGUCAAGGAUUGGCUGUUAAUUGCCUUCUCUUGGUCUGUCAUUAAGGACACAGUGACACCAAUUAACUUGUUUGGCUAUGGGCUUGCGUUUUUGGGUGUUGCAUAUUACAACCAUGCCAAAUUGCAGGCAAUGAAGGCUAAGGAGGCUCAAAAGAAGGCCCAGCAAGCCGAUGAGGAGGCUGGAAGAUUGUUGGAGGAGAGGGAAGGAGAAGGAACUGGCAAGAGAAAUGAAUCACAAACCUAAUAUUUAAUUAAAGAGAGAUAAAUUUAGUUAUAAAAUGGAUGGAGAGUACUGGAAAUAAGAGCAAAAUGGAGACAAGGUGAUACCAGGGUUGGUUGGGGGCAAAAAGGAAUGAAGGGUGUCUCGUUUUACUUUUGCUCACUCGGUAAUGUUGUUUUAUAGGUUUAUGUUUGUUAUGCUAAUUAUGAAUGUUAGUAGGAAUGUCAGGGAUUUGAAAUUCCUUUCACAAAUGUCCUGUAUUUUCUUUUUUUUUUUUUUUUUUAAUUUUUGAUAUUUAUUUCAUCCCAUCUUUAUGUAGGAACCUCUGUUAUUAAUGGAGAUUUAGUCCUUAUUUAU